AUGCCGACCGUCGGGGUGAAGCGCGACGAGUUGUUCGCGGCCAUGGGCCAGACGUUCACCGACGAGGAGUUCGACGUGCUGUGCUUUGAGUUUGGUAUCGAGCUGGACGACAUCACGAGUGAGAAGCAGCUCAAGCAGCGUGAGCAGCAGGGCCAAGACAAGGACUAUUCAGCCCACUCGGACGCUGUGCUGUACAAGAUUGACGUGCCAGCCAACCGCUAUGACCUACUGUGUGUCGAGGGCAUUGCCCGUGCACUGCGUAUCUUUAUGGAGAAGGAGCGGCCUCCUGUGUUCUCGCUGACGCCGAGGGCAGCGGGCGCACACGAAGUAGUGGUCAAGUCAUCCACGAAGCUUGUGCGGCCGUUUGUGGUCUCGGCGGUGCUGCGAGACGUGCAGUUCACACAGGAGCGCUACACGAGCUUUAUUGACCUGCAAGACAAACUGCAUCAGAACAUUUGUCGUCGUCGUACGCUAGUGGCAAUUGGCACGCACGACCUCGACACGAUUGAGGGACCGUUUACGUACAAUGCGCUACCACCAAAUGAGAUCAAGUUUAGGCCGUUGGCUCAAAGCAAGGACUUCGAGGCGAAAGAACUGUUGGACUUCUACCGCACAGAUCCGGAUGUGAAGCACAUGAAGCCAUACACGGACAUCAUCUAUGAUUCGCCAGUGUACCCCGUAAUUAUGGACAAGAAUGGCGUGGUACUGUCGCUCCCGCCCAUUAUUAAUGGCGAUCAUUCGAAGAUCUCGCUACGCACGAAAAAUGUGUUCAUCGAGUGCACGGCGACUGACAUCACCAAGGCUAAUGUCGUGCUGAACACGAUGGUCGCUAUGUUCUCCGAAUACUGUGCGACUCCUUUUACGGUGGAGCCUGUGCGUGUGAUCUAUGAGGACGAGAGCGUGAACGCGAGUAGUCUGACUCCGGACUUGAGUAAGCGCUCGGUGGAGGUACAGGUCAAGGAUGUCUAUUCGAUGCUUUUUGGCAAGAGUGAGCCGCUUAGCCUGGACGUUGACCGAAUUUGCAAAUUGUGCGACAAGAUGCAGCUGGACACGAAACCAUCAGACAAUGGAAAGUCUGUCACUGUAGAGGUCCCGAUUACGCGCUCGGACAUUCUGCACCCCGUUGACGUGAUUGAGGAUAUCGGCAUUGCGUACGGCUUCAACAAUAUCCCACUCACGAUACCUCAGACCCAGACCAUCGGUAUGGCUCAGCCCCUGAACAAACUGGGCGACCUUUUACGUGAUGAGAUCAGUCGUGCUGGCUACAUUGAGCUGCUCACCCACGGUCUGUGUUCACACAAGGAAAACUUCGAAUAUCUAAAUCGUGAGGACGACGGUCACUCGGCUGUUGUGCUGUCAAAUCCAGCCACCAUUGAGUUCGAGGUUGUCCGGACGUCGAUGUUACCGGGUAUGCUGAAGACAUUGCAGAACAACAAGGCCAUGUCGAUUAAGGAGGGCCUGAAGUUGUUUGAGGUGUCGGACGUCGUCGUGAUUGAUGACGACACGGAUGUGGGUGCCAAGAAUGUGCGUCGAAUUUGUGCUGCCUACACCGGCCUGACGGACGGCUUUGAAGUCAUCCAUGGUCUUGUUGACCGCAUCAUGCAGCUGAUGGGCAUUCCAUCCGCGCUGGAGAUGCCCGUGGGUACGAAAGAGUACUACACCAUCACGCCCGCAGAUGAGCGUACAUACUUUCCCGGCCGUUGCGCAUACGUGAUGGUGCAGAAACAAGACGCCGAACCUCUGCGUUUGGGUGUGUUUGGCGUGCUGCACCCCGUGGUGCUGAAGAACUAUGACCUGCUCAACCCGACGUCCGUUGUGGAGAUGGAUUUGGAGCCUCUGCUGUAA